AUGGCUACGCUUGACGAAACUCAAGCAGAAGCCAAUCUAAAAGAUGCCCAAUGGGCACUAGAUAAACCUGAAAGGAAAUUAAAAAAUAUGAAAGAUGCCAAUGUGGAAGAUUCGGAUGCAAUUAAUAAAGCUCAUAUCGACUAUCAACAUUGUCUAACAAAUUUUAAUCAAUUGAAAAAUACUUUGGAAAAUCGUAGACGAGUUCUAGCCACUCGAAAACAAUCUCAUCUUGAAGCUCAAACUUUAGUAAAUACAACUCGACAAGAGCUUCAAGAAGCUAAAAAUAGUUUGUAA